GCUGACUGCGCAUGUCUGUGCUCCUGGCAGUGCAGGGGUUACCAGGGAUACCGUUUGCCUUUAGGACCCAGCGGCUCUCGCCAACACUUCCUGUCUCGCUAUCAGAGUCUUUCCCCAACGCACGGAGCCGCGGCCUCGUCCUGCUGCUUCCUGCCCCCCGGCGGUGCUGCCCGGGCACUGGGACAACAUGUAAAGCAGCUGAGCCGCCAUAGCUCCGCUCUCUGUACGGCAGGGCUCAGGCUUUAGACAUGGAGACACAAAAUCAUCUUUCUUGCACUGGACAAACACCUCUCACUAAUGCCUCAGGACUAAAACUACUGCCUCAAUCGGUGGAACCAGUUUACACAAACAGUACACUUACAAGCUUUUCCCAACAUGGAAAGGUGCUGAAGUAUGACAUGCCAGUCAAUGGCCUAAUCUCUCCCUCCUUGUCUAACAAUGCUCAUGGGACAUUAUUAUCAAACGAUCAUAUUACCCAUAAUUCUGUAUCCAAUAACUACGACUACCUCUGGAAAAAGCCCAAGUCCUCGGUGCAUAAGGACUCUCGUGUACCUAGUCAGUUCUUAAUAAAUGGCUCAAGCUGUACAAUAACUAAUGGACCUUCCAUUAAAAGAAGUCCACAGGAAACACUGGGAAACUGUACUUCAAACCAAACAGCUUCCUGCAACCUAAGCAGCAACAACUUGUGCAGUCCUAAUGAAGCUGAUAUUAAGGUGGUAACUGCAGCUAAUGGGACACAUUAUGGCUUCUGUGAAGCAUCCCUUCCUGAUUCUGUGUCGGCUUCCAGCAUGCAGUCUGUUUCUGCUGAUAACCAGGUCAAGGAGGGAACAGAACAGGAAAGUGAGGCAGGCACCUCUGAGAAGUAUAAUCGCACGCCCGAACUGGCAGAGGCAUUGGAGCCAUCUGAUGCACAGACAGAUCUUAACAACAUUUGUGAAUACAAGGAAACAGACCUAGACCCUGUUAUUCAGUCAGCACCCAACCCACUCCUUCCUCCUGAUGUUAGCAAUCUGGAUGACCCAUCCCAGCUUCCAUCCCAGCUUGGGAAAUCCCAUCUUCUUAAUGAAGAUUCUCUGGAGCCCUUUGGAACAGAUCUAAUUCAAGAUCCAAUAAGCAGCACCAUGUAUGAUCUAGAAGAAAUGGAAGUAGGUGGCAUGCAACAAAAGGAUCCACCGUUGGACGCCUCAAGCUUGGAAUGCCCAUCAUACACCCUUUCUGCCUCCUUUCCGCUUAUGGCUGAAGACACUCAUAACUCUUCUGUCCUUUUUAAUGCAGCAUCUGCUUCCCCAGUUCUUGGAGAUUCUGUAAUGCAAGAGAGUGCCUCUGAGAUGGAUGAGGAUCCUGAAGGCAGCAAGGCUGAGGAACCAGUUUCAGUACCAGAGAAUGUGUCCCAGGAUGAAAUGAACAUAGAAAAUACAAGUCCAGAGCCCUGCGUUGCUGCUGAAACUGAGGAGGAAGAACUGGAACCUGGCGAAGUAAAGGGUACUAUUGCUAGAAGGAGAAUGGCUACUCCAGAACAAGUGUGUUUCCCAUUACGGCAUGGGUGGAAACGAGAAGUAAGGAUACGGAAAGGUAGCCACCGCUGGCAAGGAGAGACCUGGUACUACGCUCCUUGUGGCAAAAGAAUGAAGCAGUUCCCUGAGGUUAUCAAGUAUCUGUCUAAGAACGCAGGCCCAUACGUGCGUAGAGAACACUUCAGCUUCAGCCCUAGGAUGCCUGUUGGGGACUUUUAUGAAGAGCAAAAUACAGCAGAAGGUCCUCAGUGGAUAUUGCUCAAUUCUGAGGAAAUUCCCUCUCGAAUCAUAGCCAUAACUGGCAAAAGAGGGCGCCCUCGUAACAUGGAGAAGGCAAAAGCAAAGGAGCAGAAGGUGAAGAGAGGACGAGGGAGACCUCCAAAAGUUAAAAUGAUUGACCUAUUAAGCAAGCCUGAUGCUAAACUCCUACGGAAGUUGGAAAAUCAAGAUAUUCUUAGUGAUGCUGAAAAACUGCAGCUAUGUAAGUUAAAGAAGAAAAUGAGAAGGAAGGCCAGAAAUCAAGAAGCAAAACUAGAGGCAGCAAAAAAAAUAAAAGAAAUGAAAGAAAAGGAGGAAAAACUGCAAAAAAUCAAAGAGAAGGCAAAGAAUAAAGAAAAGAAAAAAGUGAGGAGACAGCCAAAGGAGAAAGCCCCUGUCAUACACAAACCUGACAGGAAACAACUUGCACAGCAGCGGCGCCUGGAAGAGCGAAAGAGACAGCAGUUCAUCUUGGAGGAGCUGAAGAAACCCACAGAAGACAUGUGUUUACCUGAUCACCAGCAACUGCCAGAUUUCCCUUGUGUACCAGGAUUGGUUCUGCCCAGCUGUGCCUUCUCUGACUGCCUAACCACAGUAGAAUUUUUGCACUCUUAUGGCAAAGUGCUUGGACUGGAUGAGGCCAAGGACAUACCCAGCCUGUGCACUCUGCAGGAAGGCCUCUUUAAUGUUGGGGACAGCCUAGGAGAAGUUCAAGACCUGCUGGUGAAACUCUUGCGGGCAGCAAUGAUUAACCCUGGGUUGCCACCUUAUUGCCAGUCUCUAAAGAUUCUUGGUGAAAAAGUGUCUGAAAUUGGACUAAAUCGUGAGAAUGUGUCAGAACCUCUGCGACUCUUCUUGGAAUCUUAUGGUGGUGACAUAGAGCUUUGUGACAGUCUCCGGUCUCAUCCUUUCCAGGCCCAUGCUCCUCAUGUCAAGGCUAAGAUUCUUGCAUUUCUUGUCAACGAAUUGAAUGCCAGCUCGCUCAUUAUUUCUGAAAUUGAUAAAACGCUGGAGAACAUGUCUCACUAUCGCAAACAUAAGUGGAUAAUUGAAGGAAAAAUUCGCAGGCUGAAAUUUGCAUUAUCCAAGAGGAAGAGUAGUGAAGAAAGUCAGACAACCACUGCAGAGGAGAGUCAGAGGAGGCGCAGUGAACGCAAUGCUGAAGAGAACGAUGCGCUGGACAUUGAUGACAGUACCAUACAGAAAGAUUUUGUGGAGGUAGAAAUCCCAUCCUCUACCAGUGUUGUGGAACUAGAGAGACAAAUUGAGAAGCUCACAAAGCGCCAGAUGUUCUUUCGAAAGAAAAUACUUGGUUCUUCACAAAGGCUUCGAACCGUGUGUCUGGGACAAGACCGUUACCGCCGAUGUUAUUGGAUGGUGCCACACCUAGGGGGAAUAUUUAUAGAAGGCUUACCUGAGAGUGCUGAGCCAGAUAAAGAACCUACACUGGAUACCGGCACUGAGGCUUCUUCUCUAAAGAGUGAAGAUGUAGAAAAGGCUCAAAACAAAUCUUUUGACUCCCUAAGUAAAACACAGGAUCAUCCUCGAAAGUCCAGGGCUGAGCCAGAGCAUAACUGUACAUCCUGUCGUCAUUCAGCUUCCAAGGAAAAGGAAUCAAAUGUUGUUGAGCAAAAUCCAAAUAUUGUGCCUCUCUCUCACAACCAGCAGGAUCUCAGUCAGUCUGUGUUUCUUUCAUGGUUGACUAAAAAUCAAAAUAUCAUGGACAGCACAGUGCUUACUCCUGAGAGUAGCCCCCCACACAGUGAGUCAACCCCCAUUAUUUCCUCCGAAGCGCCUGAGAAGCCAAAGCAGUGGCUUCCCCUGCAUUCCAGAACUCCUUGCCGUAACCUUACCCAGGGCUCUUUUACUCGCCCAUCAAACCAGUCGUCCCCACCAUCACCUACUGCAGCCACAUCUGUAAAACAGGCAAAAGGAUUCAAGGUGGAAGCACAAAGUUAUGUUACAUCAUUGCCUUCAGAUUCAACCCCUUGUCAUGCUUGCGCCAAUCCUGGGAAGAGCUCCACUGCAUCCCAUGAAACAACACUGAAUUCUCAGCUUCUCGGUGACUCGGAGAAGGAAAAACGAAGGGGACGCCCUCCCAGUAAGCUGCUAAAGCAGAUUGAGCAGAAAUACUACAACCAACUUAUAGAAAGGCCUAUACCUGUUGGUAUGAGACAGAAGUGGUGGUGGAUAAAGGACCCUGCAAUGUUGGAAUUGUUACUGAAAGCUCUACAUCCCCGUGGCAUCCGUGAAAAAACAUUGCACAAGCAUCUCUCUAAGCAUUUGCAGCACCUAAAAGAGAUGUGUGCACGACCAGCCAGUGAUGCUCUCUUCAAGUUCACCUCUGCAGAAGGUCACCCUGUCAGCCAAGAGACACUGGAUAAAUGGUCUGUAACUGAUUUGACAUUCCAAGUGGAUCUGUCAGCCCUGCAGUGGGUGGAAGACCUAGAACAAAGGGUCAUUUUGUCUGACCUGCAACAAAGGGGAUGGACUCCUCCUGCCCCAGACUCGGUUAGAACAGAUCUUAAGUACUAUGAACACCUGGUGGAACCUGCCGACGACAUCACAGUGAAAGUGAAAAGAGAAGAUUGCCGACUCUACCGAGUGUGUUCUAAUCCCUUGGAUUUAGCUGUCUUGCGGCUUCUAUGUUUGGAGGAGAAUUUGGAGAAAAGAUACUUGAAAGAACCUCUCUGGUUGUUAAGUGAGGUGCAGCAUGAAAAGGCUGUGAUCACAAAUCCAGAAGAUCCCCUCUCCACAACAGAAAUUGAAUACAGCAUUACAUCACGCUUACGGUUGUGGCGUCAGACUGUGGAAAGAUGUCGUAGUGCUGCCCAACUGUCACUUUGUCUGCAGCAGCUGGAGAGGUCAAUAGCUUGGGAGCGGUCAGUUAAUAAAGUGACCUGCUUAUAUUGUCGAAAGGGCGAUAAUGAUGAGUUCUUGCUACUGUGUGAUAGCUGUGAUCGCGGCUGCCAUACUUACUGUCAUAAACCUCAGAUGAAUGAGAUUCCAGAAGGUGAUUGGUUCUGUCCUACUUGUAUAUCACUGCAAUGUGAGAGUGAGUUUCUAAGAACCAGUGGCUCAUCAAGACGCAUCAGAAAGUGUACUUUGCGAUUCAAAGAAAACAGCCCAGCAAAGCCUUCACGGCGGCGAGAACAUCCCACAACAUCACAGUACUCACCAGGAGAAUCCCCCGUUUCCAAAAGGAGGCGCAUGGCCACGAGGAGCCACAGUCCGGAUUUAACUUUCUGCGAAAUCAUUCUUAUGGAAUUGGAGUCACAUGAAGAUGCCUGGCCUUUUCUGGAGCCUGUGAACCCACGCCUUGUGCCUGGUUAUAGGAAAAUAAUCAAAAACCCCAUGGACUUCUCUACCAUAAGGCACAAGCUGUUGAAUGGAAAGUACUCUAGCUGUGAGGAGUUUGCCGAAGAUGCCGAGCUUGUCUUCAGCAAUUGCCAGCUGUUUAAUGAGGAUGACUCGGAAGUGGGGAAGGCUGGCCUAAUUCUUAAGAAGUUUUACGAUGCUCGCUGGGAAGAGUUCAGUCAGGAACGUAACCAGAUUUCGCUGUGAUACUGGAGUCCUCAAACCCCUCCUUCCCUUCGGCCCAUUUAUGUUGUGCAUUCUCUGGGAUGCUGAAAACGGGUUAAACUCUUAUUGUCAGUUCAGCUCUUAUUGUGUUUUUCACACAGAGAUCCGUUGUGGUGAAUCAAGGGUAAAUGAGUUCUUUUCCUCCAGGAUACAAUCUUCCAGCAUCAUUAUCACAUGGCUUUUGGAACACAUUCAUUCUCAAUCACCUUUCAGAGAUUUAGCCCUCAGCUGGGAGGCUGGGAGGCAGUUUGGUGAACUGGUUGUUGGUGAAGACUUGAGUACACUCUCACACAAUCUCUCCUCUGCCCCUUCCAAUUGUGUAUGCAUUAACAUGUCUUUGUAUCAUUCUGCACUUGCAUCUCUGAAUUCUAGAACACAUUGUCCCAUGCUGCAUGUCAGGCAGUAACAUUGGCAUGUGUACAUAUAAUCACUUCAUGCAAAUGCAUAGUGUUAUUUACAGAAUGGAGAUAUUUAAUAUAGACAUAAUCCACCACAACAUGGGUGUGCAGUGAUACCUGCUAUAGGAUAUUCUUGUACGAAAGUAAUCAUUAGGCAUAGCAUACAGAGGUAGGUGCAUUCCCACUUAUAUCUGCUCACUAUUACAGUUAAUACCUGCAGAACAGACAAGCAGGAGUUCUAAGCAAUAGCAAAUAGUCAAAUGUGUUUCUUUUUUCUCAUGUUUAGACAGCAUGGGUAGAAAUCUACAGUGUAGCAUUUGUUUAAAUAAAUAUUGUUGUAUGGCCAGUACAGUGGGCACCAGCCCAUGGAAGGUAACCAGUAUUUAGCUGUGUCCUGGGCUGGACAUGUCCAUCAACCCUCUUUGUGCUGCUUCCACUGGUUGUCACUGUUUGGUAUAAGAAUCCCUUACCUUUCUUACGCUAGCACUACCUCUUUCCCGCUCCACCUUUGACUUCACAUUUGUUAAGUUUUAUUUCUGGUAUUGAGGUUGCAGCAUUCAAGGCAUUGUGCCUCUGGCCUUAAACCUGUUACUGGCUUUGAGCACUACAGGGGUCCCAGAGGACAACCAUUUAAUGCCCAGUGGUAGGGGAUUCAUGGUGCGUACUCUGUUGUAUGUACAUUGUUUUAUUUAUUUAACUUAGUCAUGGCUGCCGAGGCCCAUUGCUUCUCAUAUUUAAUGUCUUGCCCUUCUUUUGUGUAUUUUAAGCUGUACGGCCCUCCCCAUCUUGGUAUGUGACUCCUCCUGCAGCUCUGAAGUAGCCGGCCUGUUGGCUGCUCUAAUAAUCAACACCUUGAGUGGCUUAAGUGGUUUCAGUGCAGCUUUUGCCAAUAUGUCGCUGGUCAUUUAUUCUCCUUAUUCACUGUGUUACAGUCACGUACUCUCCAACUUCUUAGUUCAAUUCAACCGCUAUUUAAGAACGUCACAUUAUGAGGGAUAGGAUUAUGUUUGGCCGAUAUGCAUCAAGUGCUAUUGUUUCUAUAGAUCAGUGUUCUUUGUUUACAUCAGUGUGGGAGGAGGAGUGGCUUUGCCCUGUACUUUGCACAUCCAUGAAAGAAUUUUGGUACCUACAGGCACGCGGGGUAUGGCCCAGCUCAUGCACGCGGGGUAUGGCCCAGCUCAUGCCCUGUAGACGCUUACGGACAUGGCUGCAGUCGUCACCCUUAAUUUUUGCAUAAAGUAUCAGAUUCUUUAGAAUCUUUUGGCUUUAGUACUUUUCAGUGUACAACUCCUAGUUAGGGCCUUGCAAUUACAAAGUUUUAAUUGUUUGGGGAAAGUUCCUUUUUUCAAGGGAAUCUAGCGUGAAAAUAAAUUAAUUUUAAGGUUUAUCUCAUAGAAAUAGCAUUUUGUACACACAUUCUGUGCAUAUCUGUCUCCCUAUGUGCAGCUUUGUGUUGGAGUCAUUAUUUUGAAUAGUCGUUGGCUCCAAUACAUUGUCUGGCCAAUGACUUCCCAUCACUCUGAGAGACAGAUUGCUGAGAGGGGAAAGUACAGAGUAACUUGGUUAUUUCAGAAAUGGUACAGAAUUUUUAACUGAUUGUAUUUAGAAUGUUUUCUUAUUUCUAUGAAAUGAAACUUAUUUAAUUUUCAUCUCCAUAAUUGUAUUCCUUUCAUUUUCAUGAGCAAAUAUUUAGGCUUCCAUUCAGUGUGCCUCUUAAUGUGCCAGCCUUGUGGCCAGCUUUAUUUACUUCCUGGUUCAUUCGCUGCCAUUCACAUUGCACUAAAAUCACUCUUUUCUGGAAAACCGCAUGAAAAAUCUGCGCGGUGUAGCGGCCAUUACCUGUACAGAGAUAUCCAGCUCCAGGCCUCAGGGCUCUUUGCAGGCCAACUAGUACAGCAGUAAUUUGCCUUGCAUUUAUCCUAGCUGCCUACGCUGUGCUUGAUAGUGGGUGGAGCCACCACCUGCCCUGAUAGAACUCUCUGGGCUUGGAGUUGGGCAGCCCUGGCCUAUAGCAAUAGCAGUUGUUUCUUUUAUUAAGGAAAACUACAUUUAUUUUGAAAGCAAUAUAUUCCUCCAAUAUUCCUUUCGUGUGGCUUUCAGUUCAAGGCAAAUACUCUCCUGGUUAAUAAUAGAGGGAGGCAGUGAUGCCCUGUGCGCACCAUUAGCCAGUGCUGGCACAAUGAAACUAUUUUUUUAUUUUAGUUUUGUCAUUUUUUUUUACCUAUAAAACAUGAAAUGGCUUUGUACUAUAGAUAUAUUUAUAUUUUGUCUGAAUGCCAGCUUUGUUACCAGGUUUUCUGUUGGGUGUUAGCUCCUUUUCUUAUGGGGUUUGUUGAUUUUAUAAUAUAUAACGUCUGCCUCUUUUCUCUGGGAUUUGUGUUAUUGGUGAGCAGAGCUUACAUUCUUUAAAUAUAUGAUGUUACGUAGAGUCCAGGCAUUUGCUGAAUGGACAAAGCAGUUAUGACCCAGACUGUAAAAAUGGAUGAAGGACCAGUCCAAACCCUCUUUUUAAAGGGGAAAUACAGCUAAAUGAUAGUAAGAAAUCCAUAUUGUAGCAGGUAGAAUAUACAUGUUAAAGCUUCCAUCGUUUCUUCUUCCUGGUGAGAAAAUGUUCAUUUGUUAGCCGCACUGGCUGGUGUAGUACUGGGAAUGGGACUGCUUGGCUUUGCUGGUAGCCGGCACACAGCAUAUGGGACCCUUCAGUCUUACAUUGCAAUCCUUUCACUGACUGCUUGCUAGCAGUUGGCUACUUUUAACAUAGAAACAUUCUAGGCACACAUAGGGUCUCUCUCUUUAUUGCCUUUGUGGGGUCCUGUAGUCAAGCCAACCUCUGGCCCUCCAUCAGCUCAUGAACUAUAGCUCACAUAUAUCCCUGUCUUUGGCAGUCAGUGGCUGCUUGGGAGUUGUAGCUUUGCAGCUUGAAGACUCAAGAUUGGUCAGCCAUUUUAAUUCUUAAAAUCAGUGAAGCUGUUUCUGUUGCCACAGCGGCUGCUUGCACAGGCUGCAUUUGUGGUGCACAGUGGAACGAGCCCCUAGGUAGAGAGGGACCCUCGAUGGCCAUCCCUGCUAUCAAAGCCUUAGCACAAACCCAUGCCCCCUGAGCUGUAGGAUCCAGACAUAACAAAGCGUUGGCUACAGUAAUUCUACAACCGCUUUUCCUAGAAAGGAAGAAGAAAUGUUAUUUGUUCUACAAAAGUCCUUCUCUUUCUCUGGGGGUCUGUCAUUUGAGUUUUUAUCCCACAAGAACAGACCUUCCCUCUCCAGUCCAAGCUGCACUGCUGUCAGCAACCUCAGGCAUAAGCUGCGGCUUAUAGGAAGGACCAGGAUCAAUCAAGUGCCACUUAUUUGUAUUGGUAUUCCUUUGGGGGGGCAGGGGGUGGUGUAUGUUUUUAUUUUAAUACCCCUAGACCCAGUUUCCUUCUCUAUGCAUUUCAGUAGUGUGUUUAAAGCCUCUUUGGGGUGUAAUGGGGGUUAAUUUAAGAUUGUUUAUUAAUUUCAGUGACUCGAGUCAUUUCAGUGCAACGUAGUCUUUAGCCCCAACCGGAAAAACAUUUAUUGUCAUUUUGUCUUCGCAGCUCCAUCUGUAACACACGCCAGGAAAACACAGGUUAAAGUCUUUACUACACUGAAUGAGAGUCUGGGAGGGGCUAUUUAGUUAUUGCUGUGCUAGGCACCUACUCGCUGCAAAAUGUGACUGAAACUGCUCUGAGUCUCCACGUGGUUCUGUUUUGCAUCUGAAUGUUGCUGAGCACCCCAUUGGUAUAAAUAACCCCACUAGCUCUCACAUCCUCCUAUAUUAUUUUUUAUAUAUAUAUAUAUAUAUAUAUAUGUAACCAAACUGUGUUCAAGUGACUUUUUUGAUAAAUGUACAGUUUUUUCUGUGAAUUUAAAUUUAUUUCUUUCUAUAUUUUUAGGACCAAUCUCGUUUUUAAGAAAUAAAAAAAAAAAAAAAUAGAUUCACGUUGUUGCACAUGUGCUGUAGUGUGCCCUUUAGCAGCUGAAGUAUAAUAAAAAAAUCUAAAAAAUG